AUGUCGUCGUCUUCAUCGUCAUCGGAGGCUACUCCCCCAUCAUCUUCAUCUUCAACGGACUCUCCACCCUCUCCUCCUGCAACAACGCCUCCAUCAGAUUCCACGCCGCCGCCCUCUCCUCCCACAUCAACACCGCCUCCGCCCUCCCCAACAUCAACUCCACCCCCGCCCUCUCCUCCAACAUCAACGCCGCCUCCACCUUCACCCCCAACAAGCACCCCUCCCCCUCCUCCUCCCACCCAAUCCCCUCCAACCUCGCCGCCUCCAUCACCACCAACAUCUUCCCCUCCGCCCCCCGCCUCUUCAUCCCCUCCCCCUUCCCCUCCCUCCCCCGCAAAAUCCGAAUCUCCCCCAUCAUCAGAAUCUCCUCCUUCGCCGGCAUCCUCCACUACUCCAACACCGUCUCUUCCAUCAAACCCAACCCCAGCCACUCCCGCCCAAACUCUCCCUACACAAGGAGCCGCUGGUUCCUCACCCGUAAUCCCUUCCCCCCAUUCAAAACCUAUCUCUCCAGAAAUACCCUCUCUCUCUCCCAACCUCCCCCUACCUCGCUCAGCCGGUUCAACCGAAACUCUUCCGCCAUCUUCCAAAGACUCUCAGAAUGUUAAUGGAGUUGUCGUCAUCGGAGUUGUAGCCGGAGUAGGAGUAAUCAUUGUACUCCUCUCUAUCAUCUUCUGCCUCUUGUGUAAGAAGAAAAAAAGGAAAUCUGAUUAUGUACCAAACGCCCAAUACUACAACCAAGAUCCGUCUCUGUGGCGCGGGCAGCAACAACCUAUGGAUCCGAACAUGAAGCUCCACCCCGCGGGAAGCUUCAUGGGAGGCGGGUGGGCCCCUGGCACGAGUGGUGAAUUCAACUCGGGUUAUAAUAACUCAGGGCAACAUGGUGCGAUACAGUCGCAGAACGUGGGAGGUAUGUACCAGUUUAGCUACGAGGAGCUUGCCAACGCCACCAAUGGCUUCUCUCAGGUCAACGUGUUGGGCCAAGGCGGUUACGGCCUUGUUCACAAGGGUGUUUUGCCGGAUGGGAGGAUUGUCGCUGUGAAGAGCCUCAAGAGCGGGAGCGGGCAGGGCGAACGAGAAUUCCAGGCGGAGGUUGAGAUCAUCAGCCGCGUCCACCACCGCCACCUUGUCUCUCUCGUCGGAUACUCUGUUGCUAAUGGCAACAAACUCCUCGUCUACGAGUUUGUUGCUAAUAAGACGCUCGAGUUUCAUCUUCAUGAUAAAGGUGGAGCUGGGCUUGAUUGGGGGACAAGGCUUCGUCUUGCAGUUGGCAUGGCUAAGGGGCUUGCUUAUCUCCAUGAAGAUUGUAGCCCGCGGAUCAUCCAUCGUGAUAUCAAAGCUGCGAACAUUCUUAUUGACAACAACUUUGAAGCAAUGGUGGCUGAUUUCGGUUUGGCUAAACUCACUACCGAUAACCACACUCAUGUCUCUACACGCGUGAUGGGAACUUUUGGAUACCUAGCGCCGGAAUAUGCUUCGAGCGGGAAGCUGUCGGAGAAAUCCGACGUCUUCUCGUUCGGGGUAAUGUUGUUGGAGAUUAUCACGGGCCGGAGACCCAUCGAUCUCACCAACAUGAUGGAAGAUAGCUUAGUAGACUGGGCUCGGCCUCUUCUCAGCAAGGCACUCGAAGACGGAAACUUCGAAGAAGUGGUGGAUCCGGGGCUUGAGGGUAGAUUCGACCACAGCGAGCUCUCUCGCAUGGCGGCAUGCGCGGCGGCCAGCAUACGCCAUUCGGCGCGAAAGCGCCCUAAGAUGAGCCAGAUUGUGCGGGCCCUCGAGGGAGACUCGUCCCUCGAUGACCUGAACGAUGGGGUCAAGCCUGGCCAGAGCGGCGCGUUCAACCCUAAUGGGGGCUCAGAUGCGUACGACACGCGCGCGUACAAUGCGGAUAUGAUGAAGUUCAAGAAGAUGGUCAUGGCGUCGGAGGAGUUCACCAGCAGCGAAUACGGCGGCGAUUCCUCUGAGAUGGAACGAAAUUGAUUUCGUGUCGUCGCACGUUUUCCCCUCGAAUCAGACAAACUAGAGAAGGGAAUCCCGUUGAGUUUAUGUUCGUCCCGUUGCUAAAGGGAGCCGAACUUAAAUCAGAUUAUGAACCAUGAAAAGAAAUGCUUGCUUAA